AUGACUACUCCCGUCUUCGCUGGACAAAUCAUCCUCAUUACCGGGGCAGCUAGCGGGAUUGGUCGAGCUACCAGUAUAAAGUUGGCCAUUCAGGGUGCCUCCCUCGCUCUGACAGAUAUUAAUUCGGCGGCACUGUCUGAGACAGAGACUAAGUGUUCCACAAAGCAUCCCGGCCAAUCGCAUUCGCUACACACAGUCGACGUCAGCGAUGCCGCAGCGGUGGACGCCAUGGUUGCUGCAGUGGUAGCCUGUCACGGUCGGCUCGACCAUAUAUUCAACUGCGCCGGGGUCAAUCCCACCCCGAAGAGCAUCCUGGAGACAACAGAUACAUACUGGCAGCUGCUUGUCAGUGUCAAUUUGCAGGGAACCUUCAACGUCUGCCGAGCGGGAAUUCCACACUUACGCUCCGGAGCCUCGGUGGUCAAUGUAUCAUCGAUCGCGGGGGUGCGGCCCUGUGCGGGGAUGGCCGUCUAUGCCGCAACCAAAGCCGCACCCGGUGACAUUCACACCCCAACCAACGCGGCUGUAGUCAUAGGCGGUACGACUCUCCAGAACUCGGCUGCUAAGAUCGCUUUAGGUCGUCUGGGCCAGCCGGAUGAGGUGGCAGAUGUGGUGUUGUGGCUGCUACAGAGUAGCUUUGUCAAUGGCAGUGUAGUAGAGAUCAACGGUGGGGUGGAAUGA